CGGAAAUACGCAUCUCCCGCGCGCCGCUGGCGCUAAGGGAAGGAAGUUAGGGCCCGAGCGGCCUGGGCUGUAUUGGAAAGAUCGCAGGCGGCAGCGGUAGCUACUUGGUCACCUUGAAGGCGGCACGAUGGGAGACGAUAUGGAUGCCAUAGUCCCUGAGCGGGAGAUGAAGGACUUUCAGUUUAGAGCAUUGAAGAAAGUGAGGAUCUUUAAUUCUCCUGAAGAGUUGCCCAAGGAGCGCUCGAGUGUGCUUGCCAUAUCCAAUAAGUAUGGUAUGCUCUUUGCUGGUGGCGCCAAUGGCUUGCAUGUUUUUCCUACUAAAAGCCUUCUUAUCCAAAACAAACCUGGAGAUGAUCCCAAUAAAAUUGUUGAGCCAGUCGAUGGCUUGAAUGUCGCUCUGAAAUUCCCAGUACAUCACCUGGCACUGAGCUGUGACAACCUCACACUCUCUGCGUGCAUGGUGUCCAGUGAAUAUGGCUCCAUUAUAGCUUUUUUUGAUGUUCGCACAUUUUCAAAUCAGGCCAAACCACUGAAACGUCCAUUUACCUAUCACAAGCUUUCAAAGGAUGUAGAUGGUAUGGUGAUUGAUAUGAAGUGGAACCCCACUGUCCCUUCCAUGGUGGCAGUUUGUCUGGCCGAUGGCAGUAUUGCUGUCCUGCAAGUUACAGAAGUUGUGAAAGUGUGUGCCACUCUUCCUCCCUCAGCAGCAGUUACAUGUGUGUGCUGGAGUCCCAAAGGAAAGCAGCUGGCAGUAGGAAAGCAGAAUGGAACUGUGGUCCAGUAUCUUCCUACUUUGCAGGAAAAAAAGGUCAUUCCGUGUCCUCCAUUUUAUGAGUCAGAUCAUCCUGUAAGAGUUCUGGAUGUGCUGUGGAUUGGUACCUAUGUCUUCAUGAUAGUCUAUACUGGUGCAGAUGGGACCUUGGACACCUGUCCAGAUGUGGUGAUGGCUUUACUCCCGAAAAAAGAAGAAAAGCACCCAGAGAUAUUUGUGAACUUCAUGGAGCCCUGCUAUAGCAGCUGCACAGAGCGACAGCACCAUUACUUCCUCAGUUACAUCGAGGAGUGGGAUUUAGUGCUGGCAGCAUCUGCAGCGUCAACAGAAGUUAGCAUCCUUGCUCGACAAAGCGAUCAGACGAAUUGGGAAUCUUGGCUCCUAGAGGACUCUAGUCGAGCUGAACUGCCUGUGACAGACAAGAAUGAUGACUCCUUGCCCAUGGGAGUUGCCAUAGAUUAUACCAAUGAAGUAGAAGUCGUCAUUAAUGAUGAAAAGACUCUUCCUGCUGCUCCGGUUCUCCUGUUACUUUCAACAGAUGGUGUGCUUUGUCCAUUUUAUAUGAUCAAUCAAAAUCCUGGGGUUAGGUCCCUAAUCAAGACCUUGGAGCUGGUCUCAAUAGAAGGAGAGCGACAGCCCAAGUCAUCAGGAAGUUUUCCUACCACCCCAACCUCCCUUCAAGCCCCGGAGAACCUUGAUGUCCCAGCAGAAGCCUCUUUGUCCCUUGCACCUGUGACCUCUGCUGUUCCUACCACCACCUUCCCUUUGCCCUCUGCUGGUGGAGCCCCUUCUGUGUUCUCCUUUGGCCCUUCAACCUUAAAGUCAUCUGCUUCUGUCGCUGGGGAGCCUCCUCCAUUUCCCACUGGCUCUGACAGUUCCAGAGCAGCUCUGGGCCCUGGCACCUCGACCUUCUCUUUUGCUCCUCCUUCCAAAGGCUCCCUGGCCCAUAACUCUGCAGCAUCCUCCAUGGCCACACCUGCUGCUCCCUUCACUUUUGGAUCAUCAGGUUUUAAGCCCACCUUGGAAAGUACACCAAUGUCCAGUGCUCCAAACACAGCGAUGAAACCUUCGUUCCCACCCUCAGCCUCUUCUGUGAAAGUCAACCUGAAUGAAAAGUUCACAGCAGUGGCCUCUGCACCUGUUCAUAGCUCUACCAGUACACCCUCCGUGUUGCCAUUCUCUUCCUCCCCCAAGCCAGCCGCUUCUGGACAACUCAGCCAUCCCACGCCUCUGCCGGCAUCAUCCAGCUCCAUGCCUUUGAAGUCCUCUGUCUCUCCCUCGCCAUCAGGCCGAUCUACUCCAAGUGUUCCAAGUUCAGUGCCAUCCAUGGUACAGAAAUCACCCAGGAUAAACCCUCCAGUGGUAAAGUCAGGAUCUCCUCAGGCCAAGCCACUUCAACCUCCUGUCACAGAGAAACAGGGACAUCAGUGGAAAGAUUCAGACCCUGUGAUGGCUGGCAUUGGAGAAGAGAUUGCACACUUCCAGAAAGAGCUAGAGGAAUUAAAGGCUCGGACCUCCAAAGCUUGUUUCCAGGUUGGCACCUCAGAGGAGAUGAAGAUGCUGCGGACAGAAUCCGAUGACUUGCACACCUUCCUCUUUGAGAUUAGAGAGGCCACAGAGUCUCUUCAUGGAGACAUAAGUACCCUGAAAACAACUUUGCUGGAGGGCUUUGCUGGUGUUGAAGAAGCCAGAGAACAGAAUGGAAGAAACCAUGAUUCUGGGUAUCUGCACCUACUUUAUAAAAGACCACUGGAUCCCAAGAGUGAAGCUCAGCUCCAGGAAAUUCGUCGUCUUCAUCAGUAUGUGAAAUUUGCUGUUCAGGAUGUAAAUGAUGUUCUAGACCUAGAGUGGGAUCGGCAUCUGGAACAGAAGAAAAGACAGAGCAGGCGCCUGCUUGUGCCAGAACGAGAGACACUUUUCAACACACUAGCCAACAACCGGGAAAUCAUCAACCAGCAGAGGAAGAGGUUGAAUCACCUGGUGGAUAGUCUGCAGCAGCUCCGUCUCUAUAACCAGACGCCCCCAUGGAAUAUGCCCUCAACGCUUUCAACUCAGAGCAGCACUCACAGUUUUGACAGUGACCUUGAAAGCCUGCUAAAAACUACCAUUGAAUCUCACACCAAGCCCUCUUCCAGAGUACAAGCUAAACUGUCCCCUGCAAAACAGGCCCAACUGAGGAACUUUUUGGCCAAAAGGAAGACCCCACCAGUGAGGUCUACUGCUCCAGCCAGCCUGUCUCGGUCGGCCUUCCUGUCUCAGAGAUACUAUGAAGACUUAGAUGAAGCCAGCUCCACAUCCUCCAUCUCUCAGACUCUGGAGGCAGAAGAUGCACGGUCACCCUGCAAAGAGGAGGAAGCCGUGGUCCAGGUCCAUCGGCAUGCUCCUGUGGUUCGCACACCUUCUAUCCAACCCAGUCUCCUGCCCCAGGCAAUGCCUUUUGCUAAGCCUCACCUGAUUCAUAAUUCUUCACCUGCUGUGAUGAACUCUUCAGUCUCUACAUCAGCCAGCAAAGUUAUUCCUCAGGGAGCCGACAGCACAAUGCUGGCAACCAAAACAGUUAAGCAUGGUGCCCCAGGUCCUUCCCACACCGUCGCAGCUCCCCAGGCAGCAGCUGCUGCAGCCCUGAGACGGCAGAUGGCCAAUCAGGCACCAGCUGUGAGCACGCUAACUGAAUCAACUUUGAAGAAUGUUCCUCAAGUGGUGAACGUACAGGAACUGAAGAGUAACCCUGCCGCCCCUUCUCUGGCCAUGGGUUCUUCGGUGCCGCACUCAACAGCCAAAACACCAAAUGCAGUGUUAGCCCCGGUGGCUGCCAACCAAGCUAAGCAGGGGUCUCUGAUAAAUUCCUUCAAGCCAUCAGGGCCCACACCUGCAUCCUGUCAGUUGUCCUCUGGAGAUAAAGCUGCAGGUCCAGGGACAGCCAAGACAGAAUCAACUGUGACCUCGACUCCAUCUUCUGUGGGGCAGCUCAACAAACCUUUCUCAUUUGCUCCAUCAGGGACUGCCUUUACUUUUGGGACAAUCACAUCAACACCACCUUCUAGUUUCACUGCCACACCAGGGUCAGUACCCCCCACUAAAGAGUCAAACCAGCUCGAGGCAUUCUCAUUUGGCGGGGGAGGCAAACCUUUCUGUGAGACCAUUCCUGGAAGCUCCCCUCCCACAGGAGUCAUAUCGGCACCCAGCACUUCUGUAACGACUGCCCCUCCGGGAGACUCUGUCCCGCCCAGCAGCAGACCUGCAGCUUCUUCUGGAAUCAAUGUGUCCACUGCCUCCAGCAAAUUGGAAACUCCAACGACCAAGCUGGGAGAGUUCCUGUUCCCGGGCUCCCUAACUGGAGAAACACUAGGGAGUUUUUCAGGACUUCGUGUUGGCCAAGCUGAGGACUCUGCAAAGCCAGUCAGUAAGGCCUCAUCCACGAGCCUAGCCGGAGCCCAGCCAGCCAAGCCCUCGGGAUUUAGCUUCCCUAGCACUUCAGUGUUAGGGAAGCCUGUGGAGCCCACUGUGACAUCCUCUGUGGCCUCUGCCCCAGCGGCACCAGUCUCAUCUCUGAGUGUGAGCACUAGCAUUUCCUCUGCAGCAGUCUUUGGCAGUCUGCCCCUUACCAGUGCCGGACCCUCCGGGCUCAUCAGUUUUGGUGGGGCAUCUCUGGCUGGUGGCAAAGCUAGUUUCUCAUUUGGAAGCCAACAGACUAGUAGUACAGUGUCAUCAGUUGCCCCAACAUCAACCUCAGUUGCCCCUUCCCUUCCGGCAUCUUUCCCCACCUUAUCAUUUGGUGGCCUCCUGAGUUCAACAUCCACUUCUUCCCUGCCUGUGUCCUCUGCUAAGAGCACAGAGGAGGCCACACCAGCUGCUGUGCCUGAGAAGUCAGGCCACAGUGAAGUCUCAGCAUCAGCACCCUCCCUUCCUGUACAGCCACAGUCAACCCAGCCGCCUCCCCAGGCUUCUCUACAAACUGCUGACCCUGUCAAAACAGAACCCGUUCUUGUGCAGGCCACAGACAGUAGCCCCAGCCCGCCAGCAUCUGCAGCCAGUCUUGUGGCAUCUACAGAGGCCACUCCAGUAGCCCCAGGGGGCCCUGACAGCAAGACAGAGGCUGCAGCUCCUGCUUCCACCUUUGUGGGGCCUCGGCAGGCUGCUGUUGCAGCAGCUGUUCUCCCAGGGGCAGGCUCAGCAGCCAUUGAAGCAUCAGGGACCCCUAGCACCUCCAGCACAGUCUCCAGCAGUGCCCCAGCUUCUGCCCCAGAGACAGCCGUGUUUGGGACUGCUACUUCUGGCUCCUCAGUCUUCACACAGCCACCUGCUGCCAGUUCUAGCUCAGCGUUCAGCCAACUCUCCAGUAACACGGCCACUACAUCCUCUGCCACCCCCAUGUUUGGGCAGGUGGCAGCCAGCAGCACAGCCGCUGCCACACCACAGGCCAGCAGCUCAGGAUUUGGCAGCCCUGCGUUUGGUGCUUCAGCUCCAGCAGUCUUUGGACAGAGCGCGUUUGGGCAGGCCCCAGCCUUUGGGCAAGCACCAAGCAGCCCUGCAAGUGGCUUCUCUUUCAGCCAGCCCGGGUUCAGCUCCGGGCCUGUUUUUGGCCAGUCUGUUUCCUCUACCCCAACAUCCACAAGUGCCAAUGUCUUUGGAGCCGCCUCGAGUGCCAGCAGCCCUGGCUCCUUCUCCUUUGGACAGGCCUCCACCAACACAGGAGGGACACUGUUUGGCCAAAACAACCCUCCUGCUUUUGGUCAAAGCCCUGGCUUUGGGCAGGGAGGCUCUGUGUUUGGUGGCACCUCGGCCACUACCUCUACAGCAGCACCUUCAGGGUUUAGCUUUUCUCAAGCCUCCGGUUUUGGGUCUAGUAAUACUGGUUCUGUGUUUGGUCAAGCAUCCAGUACUGGUGGAUCAGUCUUUGGCCAGCAGUCAUCCACUUCCAGUGGUAGUGUGUUUGGGUCUGGAAACUCUACAAGAACGGGUGGUUUCUUCAGUGGCCUUGGAGGAAAACCCAGCCAGGAUGCUGCUAACAAAAACCCCUUCAGCUCAGCCAGUGGGGGCUUUGGAUCUACAGCCACCCCAAAUACCACUAAUCUAUUUGGAAACAGUGGCGCUAAGACAUUUGGAGGAUUUGGCAGCUCAUCCUUCGGGGAACAGAAGCCUACUGGUACUUUCAGCUCUGGUGGUGGAAGUGUAGCAUCCCAAGGCUUUGGAUUUGCUACUCCAAAUAAAACAGGUGGCUUCGGUGCUGCUCCAGUGUUUGGCAGCCCUCCUACUUUUGGGGGAUCCCCUGGGUUUGGAGGGGUGCCAGCAUUCGGUUCAGCCCCAGCCUUUACAAGCCCUCUGGGCUCGACGGGAGGCAAAGUGUUCGGAGAGGGUACUGCUGCUGCCAGCGCAGGAGGAUUCGGGUUUGGGAGCGGCAGCAACACAGCGUCCUUUGGUACCCUCGCCAGUCAGAACGCGCCGACCUUUGGGUCCUUGUCCCAGCAGACCUCAGGCUUUGGGACCCAGAACAGUGGAUUCUCUGGGUUUGGAUCAGGCACAGGAGGAUUCACCUUUGGAUCGUCGAACUCGUCUGUCCAGGGCUUUGGUGGCUGGAGAAGCUGAGCCAGUGUCCGCAUCCCUUCAGGUUCCUGUGACACUGUGGACAUCCCUCCACUCUCCAGAGCACACAGGAACAGGCUGUCAAACGAACUUUCUCACGGAAACACACACAGGAGGACACAUUGGAGACCAAAGCACGGCGAAGCCUAAACUGCUCGUUUGCUCAUUUCAGAUUUUUACGCCGGGGUAUUUUUUGUUUGUUAUUUUUUUUCUCUGCUAUUAAAGUGUUUGGGCUGGU